AUGAGUCAAGCCGUUCGCGCGCUCGCUCGCGUCCCUCGCGCGAACUCUCGUCGUGGCGUGCGUCUCGAAGCCAAUGCGGAGGGCGCCCGUCGUUCGCCGCGCGAUGUCAGGCUCCGCAAAGGCACCGAUGGCGACCUGAGCGCGAUCCGCGCCUCGGUGUUGUCCGAGGGCAUGAACCCGCUCGGUUUAGACCCUUCGCGAUUCGUCGUCGCCGUGGACGACGGCGACGUCGUGGUCGGUUUCGGGCAAGUUCGACCGUGGGAGACGCUCAGCGAUCGCGCGGACAUCGUCGGCGGCAUCGUUCGCGGCCUCGGUCUCGCCCCGAACUGGCGUGGGAGCCUGCUCGAGGUCGCGAGCUUGCUCGUGACGAAAGACCGCCGCGGCGAGGGCGUCGGGAGCGCGAUAUUGCGCGAGCUCAUCGCGGACGCCACCGCGGACGCUUCGAAGGAAACGACGCUGUGCUUGCUCACGUUGCGAGGGACGACGUCGUUCUACGAGCGAUUCGGGUUUAGGAUAACGGAGGAGGAGAACACCCCGAGGCCGUUGAUGGCGGAGCGCGCGAUCGGGAACGUCGUCGCCGGGGUCAUCGCGAACGACGAGUGCGUGUGCAUGACGCUCGAGCGGCGACGCUGA